AAAGUCUCCUUCGACAUUAAUUGGCGGGAAAUUGACUCCUCAUCAACCACUCUCUCUUCUUUACCGCCCUGCAUCUACACAACUCACACUCACUCUCCUUGCAAUCGACAAUGGCGGAAAUGGAGCUCGCAUCCCCGGAAGUGGCAGCCGAGAAGAAGAGCCGCGACAGGCCGUCCGAGACGGGUGAAAGUGGUGUCGGGAGUGUCUCGUUCUUUGGCCUCUUUGCCGCGGCGGAUAAGACUGACUACCUGCUGAUGUUCCUUGGGAGCAUGGGGGCGUGCAUCCACGGCGCAGCCCUCCCGGCAUUCUUUAUCCUGUUCGGCCGAAUGAUCGACUCCCUGGGUCAGCUUUCCUCGGAUCCUCAUAGAAUCUCUUCUCGGGUUUCGCAGCAAGCGUUGUACCUGGUAUAUCUCGGGCUCGUAAUCUUUGCUACUGCGUGGAUCGGUGUUGCAUUCUGGAUGCAAACUGGGGAGAGGCAAACCGCCCGUUUACGACUCAGGUAUCUUGAGGCCGUUUUGGAUAAAGAUAUCGACUUUUUCGACACUGAAGCGAAGGACAAAAACAUACUUUACCAUAUCUCAAGUGAUGCAAUUCUUGUGCAGGAUGCUAUCGGUGAUAAGACAGGGCAUGCUCUCCGAUAUCUAGCGCAGUUCAUUGUCGGCUUCGCUGUUGGGUUCUUGUCUGUGUGGCAGCUCACCCUUCUGACUUUGGCUGUUGUCCCCUUGAUCGCAAUUGCAGGAGGAGCUUACACAAUAGUCAUGUCCACCUUAUCCGAAAAAGGUGAGAAGGCUUACGCUGAAGCUGGGAAGGUUGCAGAAGAGAUAAUCUCGCAAGUUCGAACAGUUUACUCGUUCGUAGGAGAGGACAAAGCAGUUGAGGCAUACUCAAAGUCGCUCAACAUCGCACUCAAGCUCGGGAAAAAGAGUGGGAUUGCCAAAGGAGUGGGGGUCGGCCUCACCUACGUUCUCUUGUUCUGUGCCUGGGCAUUGCUCCUCUGGUAUGCCGGCCUCCUUGUGAGGCAUCAUGUGACCAAUGGAGGGAAGGCAUUCACAACGAUCAUAAAUGUCAUUUUCAGUGGAUUUGCUCUAGGCCAAGCGGCUCCAAACCUUGCUGCCAUCGCAAAAGGUCAGGCAGCUGCUGCAAACAUUUUUAGCAUGAUCGAGUCAAAUAAGAAAAGCGCCUCGAAGAGGUCCUAUACUGGGAUGGUUCUGCCUGAAGUAUUGGGACAGAUAGAAUUCCGAGAGGUUUCCUUUUCUUAUCCUUCCCGGCCAGAGACAAUCUUUGAGAACCUAAGCUUCUCAAUUAGUUCCGGGAAGAUCAUUGCAGUCGUGGGGCCAAGCGGCUCGGGAAAGAGCACAAUAAUUUCAAUGGUGCAACGUUUCUAUGAUCCAACUUCAGGUGAAAUAUUGCUUGACGGGCACGAUCUUAAGAAACUUCAGUUGAAGUGGUUGAGAGAGCAGAUGGGAUUGGUAAGUCAAGAACCGGCACUUUUUGCCACGACUAUAGCCGGCAACAUUCUGUUCGGGAAACCUGAUGCCAACAUGGACCAAAUCAUAGAAGCAGCAAAAGUAUCAAAUGCGCAUUCAUAUAUAGAAAAACUCCCCCAAGGGUAUCAAACUCAGGUGGGAGAGGGAGGAGCUCAGCUCUCAGGAGGCCAGAAGCAGAGAAUUGCCAUUGCAAGAGCAGUUAUCAGGAACCCGAAGAUACUGCUAUUGGAUGAAGCCACAAGUGCUCUUGAUGCAGAAUCAGAACUUCUUGUUCAGCAGGCGCUUGACAAAGUCAUGACAAAUAGAACCACCAUCAUCGUUGCUCAUCGGCUCACCACAGUUCGGGACGUGGACACCAUCAUUGUUUUAAAGAACGGUCAGGUUGUUGAGAGUGGGAACCACUCAGAGCUGCUAUCAAAUGGGGGAGAGUAUGCUACACUCGUAAGUCUGCAGGUAAAGACAGAACACGAGGAUAAAGAUUUCGAUCGUUCCAGCUCCAUGGGCAGAACUUCAAUGAACUCGAGCUUCAAAGAAGCUUCCAACAACUUCCAAAACCAUUUCCGUGAAAUAAAUCCUACCAGUAUGAAGGCGGGAACCGGCUCCACUGAUGGGAAAAAUGACCCACCAUCAAUAUGGGAGCUGCUGAAAUUGAAUGCACCAGAAUGGCCGUUUGCAUUGCUCGGGUCGGUGGGGGCAAUUUUGGCAGGGAUACAAGCUCCAUUAUUUGCACUGGGGAUCACUCACAUCCUGUCUGUGUUUUACUCACACGACAACCGUAAGAUCAAGAGCGAGGUUGAUCGGAUUGCUUUCAUAUUUGUUGGGGUGGCCGCCAUCACAAUCCCGACAUACCUGUUGCAGCACUUUUUCUACACGUGGAUGGGCGAGCGCCUUACAACUCGGGUUCGCUGCUUGAUGUUCACAGCAAUCCUCUCCAAUGAAAUCGCAUGGUUUGAUUUGGACGAGAAUAGUACCGGAUCGUUAACUUCAAUCUUAGCUGCCGAUGCAACGUUGGUUAGGAGCGCGCUAGCAGACCGCCUGUCAACUAUUAUGCAGAACAUAGCCCUCACUGCCACAGCCUUUUUCAUUGCCUUCAAGUUGAGUUGGCGAGUAGCUGCUGUUGUGAUCGCUUCAUUUCCUCUCCUCGUGGGGGCUUCAAUAGCCGAACAACUCUUUCUCAAAGGAUUUGGAGGAGACUACACAAGUGCCUAUGGUCGAGCCAUUUCCGUGGCCCGGGAAGCCAUCGCUAACAUCCGUACUGUUGCUGCCUUCGGUGCUGAGGACCGGAUCACAGCUAACUUUGCUUCUGAACUGGAAAGGCCUAAUAAGCAAGCUCUUAUAAGAGGGCACAUAUCGGGAUUUGGUUACGGUCUCUCGCAGUUCUUUGCUUUCUGUUCCUAUGCGCUUGGACUUUGGUACGCUUCCGUCCUAAUCAAGCACAAGGUCUCGGACUUCAGCAACAUCAUCAAGUCAUUUAUGGUUCUCGUGAUUACUGCGCUUGCCAUCGCUGAAACUCUGGCCCUUGCACCUGAUAUUGUUAAGGGAACCCAGGCUCUAGGUUCAGUUUUUCGGAUCCUCAAGAGGAAAACUGCAAUAGAUCCCAGCAGCCAAAUGUCAAGGAUGGUGAGUGAUAUAAAAGGACACAUCGAGUUUAGAAACGUGAGCUUCAGGUAUCCUGCGAGGCCCGAUGUGACCAUUUUUGAUGGAUUGAACUUGAAAAUUGUGGCGGGGAAGAGUCUUGCGGUGGUAGGGCCAAGCGGGACAGGGAAAAGUACUGUGAUUGCCCUUGUGAUGAGAUUCUACGACCCCAACUCCGGGACUGUCCUAAUCGAUGAUUGUAGCAUCAAAAACUACAAUUUGAGAUUGCUGAGGAUGAGGAUUGGUCUGGUUCAGCAGGAACCAGCACUCUUCGCCACAACAAUAUAUGAGAACAUCAAGUAUGGGAAUGAAUACGCUUCCGAGAUCGAGAUCAUCGCAGCAGCUAAAGCAGCAAAUGCUCAUGAUUUUAUCAGUAGAAUGCCAGACGGCUACAAAACCCAUGUUGGCAAUCGCGGGGUCCAGCUGUCUGGUGGGCAGAAACAGAGAAUAGCAAUAGCAAGAGCAAUCUUAAAAGACCCAAGAAUUCUCCUCUUGGAUGAGGCGACGAGUGCUCUGGAUGCUACUUCUGAGAAGGUCGUUCAGGAGGCUCUCGAUAAGUUAAUGGAUGGUCGAACAACAAUUCUAGUGGCCCAUAGAUUAUCAACUAUUCGAGAUGCGAAUAGUAUUGCAGUGCUGCAGAGCGGAAGAGUGGUUGAACUUGGAAGCCAUGAUUAUCUCAUUGUAAAACGCAACGGCGUAUACAGAAACCUCGUCAGUUUACAGCAGGAGAAGAGCUCAGAAACAUAGACUCGACUCAGCUCAGGUUUUCAACCGGUGAUUAUUUGAAGCCUAACACGACAUUCAGCCACAAAGGGAUAAUAAUCCAGGGUGACUUCCCAGACAAAGAGCUCUGCAUCAUACGCAUACAACAGGCCACCAAAGAUUACAUAGUUUACAUUCACCAUGCAAUAAAGAUGGAUUCUGUUUCAUUGAUUUUACUAUAUAAACUGUCCUUUGGACAGAUAUCAAAUAUUAUACUUAUGUUUUCAAUCUCA